AGAAAAACAACUAAGUGAUUCACCAGAUUCUACUAUCCAGAAAACUCUAGAAGGUUCGAAGCUCGGUGAUGGAGAAGACCAACCAACAUGCACUGCUUCUGCAGGUAACAAAGAUCUCCAUGAAGAUGUAUUUGAUCCCUCAGCAAAUGGCAUCACACAGAACAAGGACUGUAUCACUGAAGAAGAGAUGAAUAUUAAAGUCACUCAGCACCAGUCAAGUAUUCUUGUGAUUGAUCUCUCUAACCAACCUCAAGCUCAAUCAAACCCCAUAGAGAUUAUCGAAUUGAGCGAUGAUGAUGAUGAUGAUGAUGAUGACAAAGACAAUCAAGCUUACCAGAACUAUGAUCCAAAGAAGGUGAUGUGGUUCUAUGAGUUCCCUAAAGGAAAAACACAUGGACCAUUCUCUCUCACAAAACUCAAAAAGUGGAACGAGGAAGAGUUCUUUGUUGAAGUUCCAGAUUUCAAAGUAUGGAGGACAGGAGAGAGUGCAGUGUUACUGACCAAACUCCUGCGGUACAUCAAAACCUAAUUAAAGAACUUGUGAAAGCUCAGAGUCCUCCUCAGUUUAGAAAGUGUGCAGUUUCUUAACUGACAAAACUUGUUUAUUAUUUUUCUAAGAAACAGUUGUUGCAGAACUUAGUGUACAUGAUGCACAGAUUCUGACUUUUGUUAUAUAAAAAAAAACAGUCUCCUCUUAAUAUCUA